GUGGAAUGGGAGGAGGAGGAAUGGUAGGAAUGGGUGGAGGCACGGGAACCGGAAUGGGCAGUGUUGGAGGAAUCGGGUCCAGAGCUGGUGAGCCAUACCGCCUAGCCACUCAUGAGAGUCCAAGCUCACCUCGACACAUGCAGACCAGCCAGGGAGCUAGCAUGGGGCACGGCCAAGGGACUGGUCACGGGAUGGGUCAAACUUCAGCUAUGUCCGGCAUGGGAGCUCACACGGGUCAAAGUCCUGGUCAGCAUGCUUCUCGCAGAAACCUCCAAGUUGACUUCAGUGGUGGCGGAGGCUCCAGGACGGGCCGGUCUCCCUCCGUGUCUCCUGAUCGCGGCAUGACACCAACCUCUCCUUACUCCGUGCCACAGAUUGCACCCAUGCCAAGCAGCAAACUGUGCCCUGUGUGCACCACCACAGAGCUGUCCAACCCACCGGCUGUACCCAACUACAACACCUGUACCCAGUGCAAGGCUACUGUCUGUAACCAGUGUGGGUUCAACCCAAACCCCCACCUCACUGAGGUACAGGAAUGGUUGUGUCUGAACUGUCAGAUGCAGAGAGCCCUUGGCAUUGAUAUGACCACGCCUCGUUCCAAGAGCCAGCAGCAGAUUCACUCUCCGUCCCACCAAGCCAAGCCCAUUGUCCAACCUCAGCAGCCCACGUCACAGCCAACAGCGCCGGUAGCAGCAGCACAGUCCAAACCUAUGGCCCAGACUCAGUCUGUCCAGCAACAGCAGGCUCAGUCUCAGCCCUACAGGCAGGCGCAGCCCUACUCCCAACCCCAGCCGUACUCCCAGACGCAGCAGUAUCCUCAAUCCCAAAACCAGUCGUACCCCUCCUCACAGCCAAGGCCCCAGGCCCAGCCACACGAGUCUCCAGGCUUACAAAGACAUCCGGGCCCCGCAGGCCCCCAGGCUCAAACAGGGCAAUCUCAGCAGGGCAUGCGGUCCGACCCGUACUCCCAGAGAGGUCCCGGACCUUCAGGGCCUAUUGGAGGUUCAGCGGGAGGCCCUGGCCAGCUUGGAGGUCCUCGGAUUCCCCAUCCGGGUGCAGUUCCUUUACCGGGUUUGACAAAGGCACCAUCCCAGCCUGAAUUGGGCCGUGGCUCCCCAAUGCAUCAGUCAAUGGCACGGCACCAUGACCAAACCCGGAGCGCGGGAUCUUCCCCGGCCCACCGACCUCAGAGUCAGGCUCCUCCCCCUGCCCAGGAUGGCCUGACCAAACUUUUUGGCUUUGGGGCAUCACUACUCAAUCAGGCCAGCACUCUGAUCAACGUUGACCCUCUGCCCACUGCGUCCACGCAGCCAAGCCCGGCACGAGGUAAAGUGGUGUUCAGCAAUGCAGCUUCUGACAACAGGCAGCAACAGCAGCAAAAGCUUUUCGGGAUGGGGGGUCCUAGUGCUCCAGGUCCACAAAGCCAGGGGCAAAUGGGAGGUCCUAUCCCGCCAUCAAUGACCGGUCCCAAGAUGCCAUCGCAGACUGGAGCUCCUCAUGAUCCAAGUCAACCAGGAGGAGCCAUGAGUGGACCACAUGUACCGGUCCAGAAGCCACAGCAGAAGACCACGCCCCAUCACCAAGAAACUCAGCAGCAGUCGCCUGCUCACCAUCAAAAAGGCCAACAAGCAAAACAGCCGCAGUUACAAGGACAGCAGCAUCAGCAAACGCCCUCACACGAGCAGAAAGCAGCACAGAAGCAGGAGCCUUCUGCUGCUCCCGCUGUCGCACCCGAGCCAGAAAAGCCCAAGGUGAACUGUCCUCUCUGUAAAACCCAGCUGAACAUCGGCAGCUCCGACCCACCCAACUACAACUCCUGCACACAGUGUCACAGUCAAGUGUGCAACCUGUGUGGCUUCAACCCCACGCCGCAUCUGGUGGAGAAAAAAGAGUGGUUGUGUCUAAACUGCCAGACCCAGCGUUUGAUGUCAGGAGGUGGGCUCGACGAACCUCCCCUUCCCAUCCCCCAUCCUUCCCCCAAACACCAGCCAAUGGGUUCACCUCGUCACCAGACACCAACAAGUCAGCAAAGCCCGCUCCACAAACCCACCACUCAGCAGACGACCAAACCGAGCCAGCCCCAGACACAAAAAACUACUCAGUCGGCCACAGGUGUCAGUGGACCACCCGUCACCACGACUGCCAAACAGCCGACUGAAACCAAGACCACAGCACCGUCUACAACGCCAGUACCAGCCACUGAGGCCCAGAAGCAGACGAAAGCAACAGAGGAGAAGAUCAAGACCGACACAGAGAACCAAACUACCAAAGAGACUAAACCAAGCCAGAAGAAAGGAGAGCAGAUCACACCGAUCAAGGAAAUCAAGAAGUCCAGACAAUAUGAUGACACAAAAAACAACAGCUCCCAUGACCUGUCACGAAGCCCUCAGAGCCUUAGUGACACUGGUUACUCCUCUGAUGGCAUCUCAAGCUCCCACAGCGAAAUUACUGGGUUAAUUCAGGAGGAGGAGAUGAAGCUUAGCGAGAGAGGAAUUAUUGGACGAGGUUCCCCACCAAGCCCCUCUGAAAUCACAAAGCUGGAGAGUUCCAUGAGGCCACUGCUGGAGAAGAGCUUCUCUGAAGAAAAGGCGGAUAGACGGGGAAGGAAACACCGAGACAGAGACUUGGAUGAUAGGGGGAAGCAGCGUCCACGCUCCUUAUCAAUCCCACCAGAUGCAUACGACUCUGAUGAGGAAUUAGAGGGCAUAUUAGAGGAAGAAGAGAAUGUGGGAGACUGGGAGGGUAAGAGAAAAGAAGGGAAGGACGAAAAGAAAGAGAAGAAGAAAAAAGACAAAGACGCCGAGCCCACGGAGAUGACUGACGAGGAGUUCAUGAGAAGACAAAUAAUGGAGAUGAGUGCAGAUGAAGACAUUGAAGAGGAGGAAGAGAUGGAAGAAGAUGAGGAUGAGGAAGACGAAGGAUAUGGCUACCAGAAACCAAAAAGGAGCCACCACAAGCAUAUGAUAACAGAAUCGGGGAAAGAGAAGAGACGUCUUCAGCAUCACUCCAGCAGCUUUGAGGAGGAAACCAAGAGUUCCACUGAUGUCUAUAAAAGCUCGCUGGAAGAGGGUGAAGAAGAUGUGAUGGCAUCUCAAGGGGGCUUGAGGCGCUUCAAAACCAUUGAACUCAACAACACAAACAGUUACAGCCGAGAUAUGGAACUGAACAAUGAAAACGACUUGAGCCUCGAUCGUGAACCAGAGCUGGAGAUGGAAAGCCUGACUGGUUCUCCUGAGGAGCGUUCUCGGGGUGACUAUUCUUCAACGCUGCCACCCACAUCUUCUUCGUAUGGCUCAGGACAGUCUCCUACAUCCAUCUCGUCAAUGGAGGAAGACAGCGACAGUAGCCCCAGCAGAAGGCAACGACUGGAAGAAGCUAAGCAGCAGAGAAAAGCACGGCAUCGUUCUCACGGCCCCUUACUUCCAACCAUUGAAGACUCUUCAGAGGAAGAGGAAAUGAGGGAAGAAGAGGAGCUCCUGAGAGAACAGGAGAAAAUGAGGGAAGUAGAACAACAAAGAAUAAGGAGUACAGCAAGGAAAACUAAAAGAGACAAGGAGGAACUGAGGGCACAGAGGCGAAGAGAGAGAUCCAAGACACCACCUAGCAACCUUUCACCAAUAGAAGAUGCUUCACCCACAGAAGAGUUAAGACAAGCAGCAGAGAUGGAGGAGCUUCAUCGCUCCUCUGCCUCUGAAUAUUCCCCACAAAGUCUGGACUCAGAAGCUGAGGGGUAUGAGUCUAAACUUUAUAAAUCUGGCAGUGAGUACAACCUGCCUACCUUCAUGUCUCUAUACUCACCGGUGGAGAAGUCCUCCACAACAACAACCACCACUGCACCAUCUUCCACCUCUAAAGCUCUGAAGAGUGCUGAAGAGGUUUAUGAAGAAAUGAUGAGGAAAGCUGAGAUUCUCCAAAAACAACAGAAAUUACAGCAGCAGCAGCAACAUGGAAGACAUGCACCUUACUAUGAAGAGGACAUCAAUGGACAAAAUUAUGAUGAUGACUAUGAGUAUGACCAAGAUCAAACAGGAUAUGAUGAUGACAGUGGAGAGAAAGAAACAGAUAUCUAUGAAGAGAUCAGACAAACAUCUCAGAACAUCACUAAGAUGCAGCAGGCCACUGAUGAGCAGGUAGACAUUGAGAUUGAGAGCUCUUACCCAGAAAAGCAGCUCUUAGACACAGGCUCAGCCUUUGCUAAACUGCUGGAGCAAAGCAAUGCUCUCUUAACUCCAGGGACCAGCCCAACCCAGAUCUCAGCUCCUGUUUCUUUUGCAGAGACUGGGGGCCGGAUACCUGACGUUAGAGUAAGCCAGCACUUUACCUCAAAGGAUGGACACAAAGACAGAAUUAAAAGCCAAUCAGGAAAGAAUGGGAUAACUCCAGCAGUAGCUGCUACCACAAUUGCAGCUUAUGGAGUUUAUGCCAGGGAUGCAGUAACUCUUUCUCAAACAGCGUCAAGCCACACUAUAACUUCUACUCAAUCUGAUGUAAGUCGUCGACACACAGGUAGUGGUGGCACAUCCUCAUCCACUGUCUCAAGUGUAUGUAGCAAGAUUGCAGAAAUUACACAAGCUUACAGUCAGAGGGAAGUGCUUACCAGAAGGGUUGGGGAAACUAGAGGUGUCCAGGUACGAGAAAGCUCAACAUCCUCCGCUGAGAGGGUGAUUGAGCCACGUUCUCCCAAAUAUACCACCUAUUACAGAAGCACGAGUCCUCCUCUGUCUCCUUCACCGCCACCACCACAAAGCCCCACCCGAGCUCCUUCCAGAAGAGCUACUGCUGAGUUUUCUACACAAACUUUAAACUCAGCAUUGCGAAUGGAGUCUGGUACAUCUGGCUCUACUUCUCCAGUUAUGGCACAGGGAACUCAAACACUGCAUCGAUCAGUUUCUCCUCGACUCUAUCGGCAGCAGUCUUCUCAGGAUGCUCCAUACUCUCCACCUCCAAGCCCAGCAAGACCAAUGACAGUGAAUACUGCUACUUCUCCCCUGUCCUCACCCACCCGCUUCAGCCGCCAGUCAACGUUUGACUCCUAUUCUCCAUGUGGCAGUCCCCCAGACACGCCACCAUACCAACAGUCUCCCACACGGAGCUUCUAUCGAACGCAAAGAGUGGAAAAAGUGAAUGUCGGAACAAGUAUGGUCACCACAGCCAGCAUAUACAGCAGAGGGUCUGUCUCAAUGGAUAACAUAUCCCUCUGUAGAAUAUCUACAGUCCCAGGCACCUCAAGGGUAGAACCAGGCCAUAUGAUUCAAGGUGGAAGUGUGGUGGACCUUAGAACAGCCACUAAGCCAGGUCCUAUUAUCAUGACUGACCAGGGAAUGGAUCUCACCUCUUUAGCCACAGAUUGCAGGAAAUAUCAUGGUGGAUUAGAGGGCCAUAGACAUUCAACAAUUGUACAGCCCCUUAUUAUGAACUUGCACACCCAGGAGACCACCACACCAACCACUGUGAGUGUUACCGUGGCUGCAUCUAUGUUUAUGACACAACCCAAGCAACCAAUGGUUUAUGGUGAUCCCCAUCAAAACCGAAUAGAUCUAGGUCAGGGCAUGGGAUCAGCAGUGUGUCUCUCCCACAACAAAUCCCCAAUAUCUCCUCCAAUUGAUCCUGCUAUACCUAAAAUUGAUGCGAAGUUAGAAGAUCUCAGUAUUCAACAGAGAGAGCUACAAAAACAGCAAGAGAAGCUACAAAAACAGCAGGAGAUCCUUGAACAACAGCUACAACAACACCAUCAGAUGCAACACCAACAACAGGUCUCUACUCUAAACAGGUACAAUCUUGCUGGCCAGAUUUCACCUUUACUGAAAAAAGACUUGCUAGUUAGUCAAACUAGCACUGCAUCAACUGUGGUUAGUGCUGUAUCACCUGUCAUUAAUCCUGAGCUGUAUGGCACUGGUCCCAUUGAGAUAAAAGGUAAACCGAGCCCUCCAGGUUUGAUGGUAGGAGGUACAACACCACAUAGUAUGGUAGUGCAGGUGGAUGGAGGAAUGGAACUGAGCAGGGCAGUAACUCAACUUGUGAAGGUAGAACAGGGACAGGAUGCUGUGGAUUUGACAGGUGGACAAAUUAAAGCUGACAACCAACCAGCUUGCUGUGAUGUUGUUUAUAGACUUCCAUUUGGUGGAAGUUGUGUGGGUGUUCCAGAGAAGGAGGGCAUAAAGCCACCAUCAACCCCACCUAUUAGCUAUGAGUCUGAACAAGAAAGGCAACCUGGAAGAUACCAUGAGUAUCCAAUGGAUGCACGUAAGGCCUACACAUUACCUUAUCCUGGUAAACUCCAGCCUUCAAUGUCUGACACUAACCUUGCUGAUGCUGGGCUACAAUCCUAUUAUUCCAAACUGGAACCCCACCUUCAAACAUCAGGUGAUCCUGCCAUGGACUUAACUGCAAUGAAACAAAGCUAUGGAGGUUAUGUGGGGAUGCAAUAUGGGUCUUAUACAGAUUUACGGCAUGGAGGGGACAUUGCAGCCCAAACAUUGCCCAUAAGAAGAUUUAAUUCCUUGUCUAACAUUAGCUCAGAUUAUGGCUACUCUGCUCGUGACAUUGCUAGCUUCCAAGAAGCUAAUUUGGCCCAGUACAGUGCUACAACUGCAAGAGAGAUCAGCCGAAUGUGUGCGGCACUUAAUUCCAUGGAUCGAUAUGGAAGCAACCCAGAUUUGGUCCAGUUUGGCAGCUUGGGAAGAGGUACUGGCCCAGGAGCCUCAAGACUUGCAGCGGGGCUAGGAAUGAGACAAAAUCUCCUCUUUGGGCUGGAUGGAAAGCCAAUCUCUCACGGUCAGGCACUGGCCAACCUUAUUAAUGCCAGACAGGCAAGUCUAAGAGCUAUGUACCCAGCUGCCAUAAGAUCUUCUGAUGGAAUGAUUUAUUCUACUAUUCAGACACCCAUUGCAUCAACACUUCCGAUCACAACUCAACCUGCAUCUGUUCUUAGACCACUUCUGAGAGGAGUGUACCGGCCAUAUGCUUCCCCCAACUUGACACCAGUGCCACUUUCCAGUCUUACAAGACUACCAAUGAGCCCUAGAAUACCUCUAACUGGGGCAGCCCCUGUCCGUUAUCCAGCACCAGGACUUCUUCAAACAACUUCAGCCACCGCCACCACCACUAUAGCUGCAUCAACAUCAGCACCAUUAGGGGCUCUUGCUUCGGUGACAACUGCUAGCUCAACAAUUCAAGAUGAGCCAGUCUACCUUGGCAAGGGUGCUAAAGUGACUUCCUCCUCAUCAGAGACCCCCCCGGUCCAUGGAGCAGUUGUCAUACCAUCUGACACACAGCAGCAGCCAAUAAACCUGUCCCAGGCACACCUGAAUACCCAGCAACAACAGCAAGACAAACCAGGGACUAUGACACAACAGCCACAAGCUCCUGCAGCAAGCCAAACCUAUCCACCCUCAAGCCCUGCACUCACCCAUGGCUAUCCCCAACCCCCUGCAGGCCCGUCUAUCCCUGCUGGCAGUCUACCCAGUGCAGGUGGUCUUCCUCCCUUUCCUCCACCAGGUGCCAUGCAUAAGGAAGGUGAAACCGAGGCAGAGAGGCUGCACCGACAGCAAGAGCAGCUUCUACAAAUGGAGAGGGAACGUGUGGAACUGGAGAAACUUCGGCAACUCCGUCUGCAAGAGGAGCUGGAACGGGAGAGGAUAGAGCUCAAACUGCACAGGGAGAAGGAGCAGAUGCUGGUGCAGAGAGAGUUGCAGGAGCUACAGACCAUCAAGGAACAGGUUCUCCAGCACCAACAGCAUGAACGGGAGAAACAACUUGUUCUGCAGCGGGAGCAGCUGGCUCAGCAGAAGGCCCAGCUAGAUCAGAUCCAGUCUUUGCAGCAGCAGCUCCAGCUUCAGCUGGAAGAGCAGAAGAGGCAGAAAUCAGCUGCAACCGCUCAGAACAUGCAGCUGGAUGCGAAUGGAGAGCCGUUGCACCCCUACCUCGACUCUCAGAUGAGCUCUCGCUCCCUCCCAAACUCCUCCUCUGAGAUGUGCCUGAGAACGCAGGAGGAGCACAUGGAGGCCAGGGCCAGCAUUAGGAAGCACAGCUCCAUGAGCAGGUUGAGCAGGGAUGCUCUGGAUGGAGAUGGUGUGAUGUUCUAUGGCUCCCCCCGCAGGAUUGUGGAUAGUUGUGUGCAGACUGAUGACGAAGAUGGAGAGGAGAGGUAUAUGAUACGCCACCGUACCAGGAGGCGUGGCCGCAGCGUUGACUGCUCCGUGCAGACAGACGACGACGAGGACAAGGCUGAAUCAGGGCAUCCCGUCCGCCGAAGACGUUCCCGUUUCUCCCGCCAUUCGGAGUCAAGUGCAGCUGGAAGCAGCUCGACCGCCACCUCAGCGGCUGAAACCAAAAGUGAAGUGCCUAAGAUGGUUUCCUCCAGCAUUGCAAUCCAGACCAUCAGGGAGAUGUCCUGCCAGACGGAAGUGGAGCACUUAGGGAGAGUUUCCCCGUCAAUCCACGUCACAAUGCCAGACCCCAAUAAAGUCGAGAUCGUUCACUACAUCUCCGGUCCGGAGCGAACGCAAAAAGGACAAUCUCUUGCAUGUCAGACGGACUCAGAAGCCCAGUCGCAGGGUGUUGUAGCUCCCCAGCUCAGUGUACCAACUACCAUCAGUCCAUAUUCUUCCUCCACCAGUACUGGCACACAGCAGUCUGGUUCUUCUGACCUGCUGACCCAGCAGCGCCAACAGCAGCACAUCUCAGCCAAUGCAGCCAAGUUCGAGCGACGCCGGCCCGACCCUCUCGAUAUAAACUAUCAGCCACACAACCACCUCCACAACGAAUCAAUCUCCAGCAUCAUCAGACAGCAGCAGACCGCUCCAAAGUCUCCACAGGUCCUGCACUCGCCUGUCUCACCAGUGUCCCCCCACCGCCUGUUGGAGGCCACUCUGUCGAGCGAGAGGCUGAACAAGGCCCACGUCACGCCGCAGCAGAAGUCCUACACAGCCGAGUCCCCACAGCGACACCCGUCCAUGCCCCGACCCAUGAAGUCCGCCCAGAGAUCUAUGUCGGACCCAAAGUCCCUUAGCCCCACCGCAGACGAGCACACCAAGGCCAGACUGUCCCUGUACCAACAACAAGCAUUACAGAGUCAGUUGGCAGCCUUACAGCAGAGCUCACUGCUUCGAAAGGUCAAGCGAACCCUGCCCAGCCCUCCUCCAGACGAGACCGCUCAAUCAGCUCACAUGCCCAUGAUGACACCUGUCCUCCAACAGGCCUACCUGCCCUCCAUGCCCAGCCUGAAGCCCAGCUCAAGGUCUGGUUUAGCCGCCAAAGCCAGCCUCCUGAAAGAUCUAACGCACGAGCUGAAGGCUGUCGAGCAAGAGUCCACCAAGCUACGAAAGCAGCAAGCUGAACUGGAGGAGGAAGAGAAAGAGAUUGAUGCUAAGUUGAGAUACCUUGAACUUGGAAUCCACCAAAGGAAAGAGACACUGGUUAAGGAGAGGGAAAGAAGAGAUAUCGCCUACCUGAGAUGUAUGGGGGACACUCGGGAUUACAUGUCUGAUAGCGAGUUGAACAACUUGCGUUUAGCAGCUGCAGCUGCUUCACAUGAGACCAAUGGACUAGUAACGACCAGACCAAGUACUGCUCCUCUAAGCCAGUUUUCCAGUGACCUCAACAUGGGAGCCCAGUACCCACCAACCUCAUCCUUCCUCUCUAGUCAAUAUCCCCAGAGUCAACCGGCAGCUCCAUCCCAACAAUCAAGUGCUCCAUAUCAAUCAUCCACAUUCAAUCAGCCUCCCUACCCAACAGUAUCCCAGUCACAGGCAUUGCCACAACCCACACCUCUUCAAAGCCAUGCCCCACCUCCCGGACCUCCUUACCAGUCCCAAACCUCAUAUCCAUCCCACACCUAUCCUCAAACCCAGCCCCCAUAUCCCCAGACAGACAUGGGGAUACCAGCAGCACCUCAGCCUCAACCAGGACCCACAGGUUUUGGACCUGCACCCCCGGGUCAGCCCCCAUACCCCACCCACAGCUCACCGUAUCCCAGUGCUGUGUCCUCCUACCCCAGCCAGACAGCUCCAUAUCCUGGGCAACCGCAAGCUGAUAUCCUGACAGUUCAUCCAGGAAGGCCGCGGCAGACUUCACUGGCUGAUCUUGAGCACAAAAUGCCAACCAACUAUGAGACAAUUAGCAACCCUACAGUUGUGGUGACAACGACCGCCCAAGAUGCUACCUUCUCAAGUGCACCUCCGUCCUAUGGUCAAUACACAGGAACAACAACCAUGGCGAGCUCCUAUGGGCCGUAUGGCUCUGCACCGGUCUCUAGCAGCUAUGGUGGAUACUCUACUAUGCCACCAAGUACCUACGGUCCAUAUACUUCAGCAUCAGUUAGUACGUACGGCCUAUAUACUACUACCAAUGCUAAUACUUAUGGCUACACCACCACUACUGCCAGCUCCUAUGGACAGUACCCAUCCACAGUUUCCAGUGCCUAUGGACACCCAGUCGACAGCCCUUCCACCUACAGCACAGCAAACGGAAUGUACGGGGCUCCGGGCUUAGAGCAAAACAUUCCAAGAAACUACAUGAUGAUCGACGACGUAAGUGAGCUGACGGCAAAGGAUGGGCUGGGCACAACAACAGCGGACAUGAUGCAUCAUGGCAGCGGCAGUGGGCGUUACCCGGGCGACAUCCACGGCCACGGCAGCACCACGGGCAGCACGGCGCGUGGGGGAACUGGCAGCUCUCCUUACGGCAGGGCACCUGAGGAGGAAACAGCGAUGCAGGAUGAGCUGUACGACCACCAUGGCAGGGGUAAGAGCAGCUACAGGCACGGACCCCUAGGGGGCAGCAGCAGCAGCGUGAGCACUAGCAUGGGUGGGGGAUUCCCCUAUUACUAUGACUACGACGGCAAACAUGGCAGCAUCCGCUCUGGGGUACAGAAAAACGUGUUCUCCAGAAGCCUUCUGGCUCCUGCCGUCAUGUCCUCGAAGCGCAGCAAGCACCGAAAGCUGGGGAGUAUGGAGCAGAAAAUCUCAAAGUUUUCCCCCAUCGAAGAGGCACGGGACGUGGAAACAGAUCUGGCUUCCUACUCCUCAACAACAAACGGUGGGGCAUACCCGUCCUCCAACGUUCGAGGGCGUCAGCUGAUGGAGGAUUAUGGCUUUAAGAGGAGUGCUUACGAGGGCAGCAGUGGCACCGCCCAUGGUAGUCGCUACUAUGGUAUGGUGGUGGACGACGAUGAUCGGAUUUACUACACCUCCACUGGCCGCUCUCGUUCCCAUGGCUACGGCAUGGACAAAAUCUCAGCCAAAGACUACCAUGGGUAUCGCAGCCGAUCCUACGAGAGAGACGACCGCUCCUACAGCGCUGGCCACAGGGGGCGCCGCCCAACCAGACAGUACUCUGAGGAGGAGAGUCCACUGAGCCCCUUGGGGAGGCUCGUGAGUUCUGGGCGAUCUUCAAGCUUAGGGCCCGACCCGUAUGACAGUCGCAGCAGUAGAUAUCAUUACUAUUAUGGACAAUAUGGUUCUAGUCACUCGCUGCCAGAUGUUCAAGACCACAUACGAGACCUGCCGCGGACCCACGUCUACAAAUCGGAUGAUACGUACAUGAUAGAUGAUUAUUAUUGCGCUGUGUCAGACAGUGAAGCCUACCAUCUGGGCCAGGAAGAAACAGACUGGUUUGAGAAGCCACGCUCCAGUUCUCGACACUACAGCAGCCACUCAUCUGGGAGGAGUCGGCAUAGUGUCAAACACACCUAUCAUGAUUAUGACGAGCCUCCUGAGGAGGACUUGUGGCCUCAGGAUGAGUAUGGCCACGGAGGGCGACACUCAUCUUCCCGUGACCACAGGCAUCACGGCAGUUCUAGCCGCCACUCGUCAUCACGCCACUCCGAUGAAUUAAGAUCCACAAGGUCUUCUAAAGGGCAUCCGAAAGACCCUUUGAUGCGUCACGACCCCUCGGGACGGUCGUCUUCGGCAGGAAGGCGUGGUGAGUCGAGGUCUGGGGGGUAUCACUCGUCUGACUACUCCCGGGAUCCAUCUGGACACCAUCACGGCCAAAGGUCCUCCAGGCAGGGAGACCCGCACAGGUCCUCGCGCAGCAAAUCCCAAGGUCCAAUGGACAUGCAGGGCCAACCACCAGGCUCCUCCAGGUCUGGUAGCAGCUCUGUGCGGGGUCAAGGGUUGGCCGGUGGGCCUGCAGGAUCAGGGAGACAAGGCGGGCCCGGUCCUCAGACAGAUGGAACUCAAGGACAGAGGACGCCGCUCCAGCAGCAAGCCCAAACAUCCGCCAACAGGCCGGGGCAGCCUGGUACCACCACAACCCCUGGGCCCCAGCAGCAGACCCCAGCCCAAGGAGGACAAGGCAUGGGGAUGGGAGUGGGCCAGGGUCAGGCCAAGCCAGGACAGAUGGGACCAGCAGGGGGGCCGAUGGGCCAGGCCAGGCAGACAGGUCCAGCAGGAACCACACCGACACCCAUGACGAAGAUCGAGACACCUCCAGCAACAGCUAUCGGAGCCAAAGCUGCACCCAUCAUGGCCUCAAAGACCGCCGGACCCCCACUCACUGGAAUAGGCUCCAAGGCGGCUCCUAGACCCGGAGGGAUUGGCAGCGCGGCGGCCGGCCAGCCAGGCAUGGAGGGAGAAGGCAUGUUUUCAAAGAUCCUCCCUGGAGGAGCAGCAGAGCAGGCCGGCAAACUGGGAGAAGCCAUUUCCGGUUUUGGCAAGAAGUUUACCUCUUUCUUCUGAGGUAACAACAAUAAGGACUAAUAAAUGUAAAAAUAAAACAAGUGACGAGGCCUCGUACCAGAAAAACCUGUGAAGUUCCCUCUGCUUAUUCUUUACGGAGAGAGAAAGAAAAAGAGACAGGAAAGUGGGAGCAGAACUGAGUCAACUGCCAACGAGGACUGGGAUCCUCCAGAAACCUCCUGUCUUGAACCUGAGCACAGCACACUGCCAGAGAGAACCUGCAGCUCUCUGACAGGCCAGACAAUCAGUAAGUUAAAGCCAACAUCCAUCUUCAGGUGAGCUCUUUUUCUUGUGCCACCCUCAUCCCAGGAACCAAAACCUGCAUCAGCUACCAACGUCCACACCUGUUCGCUAUAUGAAAGAUCAGCUCGGAGCAGCAAACCAUGGAAAACUGUCAAAGUUAGCCAGCGGUGAGAGCCACACAUACACAGCUGAACACCGGACGAAGCGCCGAAUCCUGCAUCACACCUCUGACCAAACUACACUCAAGAAGGUCCUUUCU